GGCAUCCACUUAGUACAGUUCAUAGAAAAUUAUUUCUUUUCCUCUUCGUGCUGCAAAUGUAUACGUUUGUCAGAAACUAAAAUACACAGUUAUGGCCACUGCAAUUUCCAAAAAACGUAAGUUCGUAGCUGACGGAGUUUUCAAAGCUGAGCUCAAUGAGUUUUUGACAAGAGAAUUGGCAGAAGAUGGGUACUCCGGAGUCGAGGUUCGAGUUACCCCAACCCGAACUGAAAUCAUUAUCAUGGCAACAAGAACACAAAAUGUCUUGGGAGAGAAGGGCCGACGUAUUCGUGAACUUACUGCAGUAGUUCAAAAGCGUUUCAAUUUCAUUGAUAACUCCGUCGAAUUAUAUGCUGAAAAAGUUGCUACCAGAGGUUUGUGCGCAAUUGCUCAAGCUGAAUCUUUAAGAUACAAACUUAUCGGAGGUUUGGCUGUAAGACGUGCCUGCUAUGGUGUAUUGCGUUUCAUUAUGGAAUCUGGAGCUAAAGGCUGUGAAGUAGUUGUUUCCGGAAAACUCAGAGGACAACGUGCCAAGUCAAUGAAAUUCAUUGAUGGACUCAUGAUCCACUCAGGAGAUCCAUGCAAUGACUAUGUUGACACAGCCACUCGUCACGUAUUGUUGAGGCAAGGAGUGUUAGGAAUUAAAGUUAAAAUUAUGUUGCCAUUCGACCCUGCAGGCAAACAAGGUCCCAAGAAACCACUUCCUGAUAAUGUUUCAGUUGUCGAUCCUAAAGAAGAACCACUUCCCACAGUACCGAGCAGUGAGAGCAAAGUUCCCAAGCCUGAAGUACCAUCUGUCUUACCAGCAAUGGGUAUGGCUUAAAUUAUUUGUAUAAUACAAAGCCCUUUAUGUAAUAAAUAAAUAUUUACAUAAGGUA